AAGCCCCGGCCCCGCGCAGAGGAGGGGACCGCGCUGCCCAGAUGUGCGCCGAGACGCGCUGCUAGCUUUUGCUUUUGUCUUUUUAUUUUUUCCUUUUUUUCUUUUUUCCCCCUUUUUUUUCUUUUCUUCCUCCUCUCUACAAGCGCCGGAGUCGGGCGAGCAGCGGGCACGGCCCUCCCACCCGCCGGCGGGAGCGGGGGGUCCCGCCGCAGCCAUGGGGCAGAAGUGCAUGGAGAAGGUGGCCUCCUUCCUCUUCGAGUACGACACCCCCCGCAUGGUGCUGGUGAGGAACAAGAAGGUGGGGCUGACCUUCCGCCUCAUCCAGCUCGUCGUCCUGACCUACAUCAUCGGGUGGGUUUUCCUCUACGAGAAGGGCUACCAGACGCAGGACAGCAUUGUCAGCUCCGUGUCCGUGAAGCUCAAGGGGCUGACGCUGACCAACGAGAGCCGCCUGGGCCCCCACAUCUGGGACGUGGUUGAUUACGUCUUCCCACCCCAGGGUGACAGCUCUUUCGUGGUGAUGACCAACUUCAUUAUCACCCCCGGCCAGAAGCAAGGAACGUGCCCUGAGCUGCCGGACGCCGGGCUCUGCGAGCAGGACAGCGACUGCAGCCAGGGGCGGUACAGCCGCCAGGGACAAGGCCUCAUGACUGGCAAGUGUGUGCAUUUCAACAGCUCCGUGAAGACCUGCGAGAUCUUUGGCUGGUGCCCCGUUGAAGUAGACUAUCACAUUCCUAACCCUGCCCUCCUGUUGGAAGCAGAAAAGUUCACCUUGUUCAUCAAGAACAGCAUCACCUUCCCCAGGUUCAAGGUGUCCAGGCGCAACUUAGUUGAGAGCGUCACCAAGCAGUACCUGAAGAAAUGCACGUAUCACAAAGUCACAGACUCCCUAUGCCCCGUGUUUGACCUGGGAUACAUAGUGAAGGAGUCGGGACAAAAUUUUACCCUCCUGGCUGUUAAGGGGGGUGUCGUGGGCAUCACCAUAGACUGGAACUGCGACCUCGACUGGCCCGUCCGGCACUGCAAACCCAUCUACCAGUUCCACGGCCUCUACAACGACGACAGCAACGUGUCGCCGGGCUUCAACUUCAGAUACGCCAAGUACUACAAAGAGGACGGGAUAGACAAGAGGACGCUGUACAAGGUGUUCGGGAUCCGGUUCGACAUCCUGGUGAACGGCAAGGCAGGAAAAUUUGACAUUAUCCCGACCAUGACCACAAUCGGCUCCGGAAUUGGUAUUUUUGGAGUGGCCUCUGUCCUCUGCGACCUGCUGCUGCUGCAUUUCCUCCAAGGACGGGACUAUUACAAGCAGAAGAAAUUCAAAUACGCGGAACAGGAGCCUUCGAAGUCACAUAAGAAGGAGAAGAAGCUGGACAACGCGCAGUGAGAGCAUCCGCGCCAGCCGACGGACCCGCACCCUCUUCCUCCUCCUCCCCUACCCCGCGGCCAUCGUCCCCCUCAGCGGUGCCGGCGGGGGAAGCGCCGAGGCCUGGGGCAGCUCCAAGCUGAGGGAAGGCGGAUGGAGAGCGGCAGGAGCUGCUGGGCGACGCGGCCGCUUGCCGACCCGUCUCCUGCCCGGCCGGGUGCUGCCGCACGGGGAGGUGCAGCGCCUCCUUCUCCCGGGGCAGCCGCUGGCCCCCAGCGCGGCAGAAAAGCGGUUAUUUUAUAAGAGUGUAUUAUUUUAUCAAAAAAAAUAAACUUUUAGUUUUUCUAUUA